CUCCGCUCCGGUAGUGGGCAGCACCUCCCCGUCCUCGUGUUGCGAGAGAGCGAGAAAGAGAGAGCUGUUUGGGGAAGUGCGUGGUCCGUGGGUUCAACAGCGGUCUGUUUAUUCGCCGAACUGACCUACACUAGCUAGCACAACUAGCUGACGGUCCAGAAAAGGGGUGCGAACACCAUGGCGCGAGCCGUGCAGGUCCUCUCCAGGCUCGGUGCGCUGCCCUCGGUUUCUAUUUACUGCCGUCGACCUGCGAGCAGCAGAGGAGCCAGCGGGCCGAGGACGGGACCGAGCCGCGCGCACAGAGCUCCACCAGACGGCCACGAGAUGCCUGCUGGGGACUGCGGACUGGAGGAGGUGGAAGACAAGCUGCAGGCCUUAGCCGAGGAGGAGAAGAAGGGGCAGAGGACCUUAAAGUAUCACAUCCUGAGAAGGCAGAUGACUCCGCCGGGGGCUCCUCAGAGGAAGCUAAGCUGGGAUGCUAUUGAGCAGAUCAGAUAUCUGAAGCAAGAGCAACCAGAGGAGUGGACAGUAGAGCGUCUGGCUGAGGGCUACUCUGUCACCCCUGAUGUCAUCCUCAGAGUCCUCCGGAGCAAGCAUGUCCCUUCUGCUGAUCGAAAAAUAAAGCAGGAUGCUAAAGUAAUGUCUGUUCCCGGCCAGCGAGCUCUACCUUCAGGUGCUGGGACAGGGCAGAAUAGGCUGAAGCUGCCUGGACACCUUACAUCAGCUGCUCUCUCACCUGGAAGUGGGGAAUGUGCCGUGGUGCCUGUGGCUGACCGGACUAUGAUGCGUCGAGGGGACGGUCAAGGAUCCCUGGCAAAUAUUCCCGCGCCGGCUACGCUCCUGACCACCCGGGUCAGAGCUGGUAGUAAAGACGCACCCGGGCCGAGAUCACAAGAAGACGACGGUGCUACUAACUCGGGGCCUUCAAAGGAUGCCAAAGAGGACGAGGACAGCUGGGAAGGACAGCUGCUGACAGACAAAGAACUUGAAGAGUUCAUGGAAAUGGAAAAGCCUCACCCCGUGGUGCACGUUGGCAAUGAAGUCUUUGAUGGAGAGGGCAACUUUUUGUAUAGAAUCUGAUGUUCAGGUUGGCUUUAUGACUCAAAGUGACUUUAGAGAAAUGAUUGAACAUGCAAAAAAACAAUAAUGCAUAUCUUCAGCUUUGACCAAACAAACGGUUCUACUUUAACACUAUUUGAUGACAACCAGAAUGAUAGACAAUAUUGUGCUGCUGUAAUAAGAGUCGGUAACAAAAAAAGAGGAACGUAUGAAUUUAUUGCCAAA